AAAAAAAAAAAAAAAAAAAAAAAAAAAAAGAAAAGAAAAUAUAUAUAUAUAUAUAUAUAGAGAGAGAGAGAGAGAUAGAGAAUAGAAAAAAUGUUUAAUUGUUACCAAGAACAAAAAAAUACCUUGAUUUUUUUCGCGCUGAAAUGACUAUAGAUUCUUAGAAUCAAAAGAUUUGCUAUGCUUUGAUAAUCUAUAUUCCACAAGAUUCUCAAACGUAUAUGUCGACCUUAUUAUUGUACAAUUGACAUCGUUUCCGUUUUAACCUGAACAUGUUAUGAGUCUACGAGUUAGAGUGGUAGUCUACUUUUUUCAGCCGAAGCAAAAUUGCGUGGAUGGAUGUAUCAUUCUACCGGGACUUUUAUCCAAACAAAGAUACCUCAUAUCUUAUAUUUAAAAUACAGUGGAUAUCAGUGGUUGAAAACUUCACAAUUCCAGGAUUGCUCGGUGUAAAAUGAAUGAAACAAAUAUUUAAUGAUGUACGAAGUGAAUAGUGAACCGCAGUUCAUAACGGAAGUUGAUUUUUUUUCUUCGUAAUCACUUCUGGUACAAAAAAUCAGUUGAUUUUGUAAAAGUCAAUGUUGACCUUUGAAAGUAUAUAUAAAAGGGACGCGUACCGUUUAUUAAAUUAAACUUCCAGGUGCGCGUGUAAUUCCUCCUUCACUAUAGAAAAUAUCCGUGUAAAAAUAGUUAAAGUCGUUGUCGAUAACUAUUUUCAUUUUAUUUUUAUUUCUUAUUUCUAUUGUUAAUAAAAUAGGAAAUCAAACGAACUCUACCAAGAGGAAUUUAGCCUAAACCCGUCCUUUUCGUUACGCCAGGUUUUUACAAUUUACAAAAUCGCUUUUUAGGGCCUUAUUCCUUUGUAUUUGCGAUCUCAAAAUUUCAUAAAAAAAGGCAUACUGAUUUCAAAGCGCGUUCCUUUUCUUUUUAUCUCUUCAGUCGCACAUCAGUCUGGGGAUAAAAAAAAAUAAAUUAAGAACCAGAAAAAAGAGAAAUUUUAUUCUCUGUACUAUUGAAUAGGAUUUGACGGUCUCUUAUUUCCUUUCCUAACAUUAUUCCGACGAAUUUGUGACAAAUCUUCUUAUAAAGCUGUAAAACGAUUUUUACGUAUUCAGAGAAGAAAGUUUUUAACUACAGCAAACCCCUUGAGAAAUCAAGAAGUUUACCUUUUUCAUCAAUACUCUCGGGAAUCUGGAAUUUUAAUAAAUUAUUUGUAAUAUGUCUAAUUCUGAAGAGUUCUCCUUUCCCAAGGAAAAGGGAGAAGUCGUUACUUACGACAGCCCUGUCGGAACUCGCGAAAUUUAUGUCAAAUCAAUUAGAGAAACUUUUAAAUUUGAAAAUGUAAAGGAAGAAGAUAAAAUGGAAGGUGGUGAUUAUUACACCGGUAAACCUGAAGACGAAAAGGACGAGGUGAUUCUUCGUCCUAACCCACGCCGCUUUGUUUUAUUCCCUAUUCAAUACCACGAGAUUUGGCAAUUUUAUAAGAAAGCCGAAGCUUCUUUCUGGACUGCUGAAGAAAUCGAUCUUUCCAAGGAUUUGAUUGAUUGGGAUACCAAAUUGAAUGCUGAUGAACGUUACUUUAUCUCUACAGUCCUCGCUUACUUUGCUGCCUCUGAUGGUAUUGUAAAUGAAAAUCUUUUAGAACGAUUCAGUUCUGAGGUUCAGAUUCCCGAAGCCCGUUGUGUGUACGGUUUCCAAAUCAUGAUAGAGAAUAUCCACUCCGAAACUUAUUCUUUACUCCUGGAUACCUAUAUCCGCGAUCCUAAAGAAAAGGAGCGCCAUUUUGAUGCUAUUCUUACUAUGGGAUCCAUCACUGCAAAGGCUAAGUGGGCUAUUCGUUGGAUUAAUGAUCCUGAUUCCAACUAUGCCAUUCGUCUUGUUGCUUUUGCCGCUGUUGAAGGUAUUUUCUUUUCUGGAUCUUUUGCUUCCAUUUUCUGGCUAAAGAAACGUGGUCUCAUGCCUGGAUUGACCUUCUCUAACGAGUUAAUUUGCCGUGAUGAAGGUUUGCAUACCGACUUUGCAUGUCUCAUGUUCAGUCACUUGAAGCAUCGACCUGGACGAAAAAUUGUAGAGGCAAUCAUUGUAGAGGCUGUUGAUAUUGAAAAAGAAUAUUUCACUGAUGCUCUUCCUGCCAGUUUGCUUGGUAUGAAUAAGGAUUUGAUGUGUCAAUACAUUGAGUUUGUUGCUGACCGUCUUUUGGUCUCUCUUGGUAAUGAAAAGUAUUACAACGUUACAAAUCCCUUCGACUUUAUGGAAAACAUCUCUUUGGCUGGUAAGACGAACUUUUUCGAAAAGAAGGUUUCCGACUACCAAAUCGCCGGUGUCAUGUCCAGCGCCAAAGCUGACGAUAAAGACGAUCACGCCUUCCGCCUUGAUGAAGACUUUUAGAUGCAUAAUGAGUAACGGUUUGUUCAAUUUAAAUAGUCUGUUACAUGACACCUUUAUUUGGUUGAUUCCAUUUAAAUCUUCCUAAAUGUUUGUCCUUUGAAUUGCAAUUUUAUGGGAGUGUAUUGUCUUAUUUAAAAGUUCGUAAAUAUCAGCGCUGCGUUCGUUCUUUUUUAGGUACGAUAUAGUGGAUAUCUGUACUUAAAUUAAAAGUCGAUCAAAGUGACAUUAUUUGUUAACCAUUAAAUUUGGAUGUAUAUUUAAAUAUAUAUAACUACUUUUUCUGUAAGUCCUUCUGUUAAGAAGUGUUUGGAACUGUUUCUUUUUUUUUUUUAGUUGUUUCCCAUCUUUAGAUCUCGUGGAUUAAAGAAUUACUAGUUUAAAUGUAUUUUCUUUAAUAAUGAAAAAGGCAGUAAAUUUUAGUAAAUUAAUUAUACAUUUAUGAGUAUAGUCUUGUAUGUGAUUUGAUUUCCA